GUCGUAUUUGUUACAACAUCAUAUUCAUUGCAUCUUCGCCACAACGAUACUAGGAUGGACGUAAAUAGCGAUUGCCUGGCCUUGCCGCUAUCGAACGAGAAAACACGAACGAAUCCGCAAACACCAGCAUGAGCAACUUCAACCUUUCCAACAAUUCCUAACCAACUAUCGAUGAACAUUGCUUUCCGAAGCCCAUGAGAAAAUAAAAGACUCGACAUUGCCGCAAAGAUGUAUAUCGGCGAGAUCCCGGGGAUGUACUUUGAUAAAGAAAGACAGAAGUACUUCUCCAUUCAAGCCGACCGCAACAGUGUCUCCUCGUCGGGGAAGGCUUCCAAAUACUCCAAAUCCCAGGUGUUGCGCGAGGAGCGACUGGUCAAACGCCAGAAGACUCAAGAUGACCACCGGUCUCGCGCACGCAUUCAGACUGUGAACCAUGCUGCCGCUCUUCGACACCCUCUCAUCGGCGGUGCAGGGCUGUACAGGGAGCUGUCCCAGCGUCCGUACGCGCAUAGCCAUGCUCAGCGAAGCGAGGCCGUGCUAGGCGCCCUUCAGGCGAAAUCUUCACGAGUCUCCGACAGCGAUGGCUUCGUAGGUCGAAUCACGCAUAUGCAGGACAUCCCCGACGCGAACGUGACGGUCUUGAUUCGCCAACGCGGCGACCGCACGCGCACCACGACCUAUAUUGGCGGACAAGACUGGUUCCUCCCGACCCGGCGGCGACGGCAGCAGCAGUUCCAAUUACCCACCGCCACCAACACGGAGACUUGCGUGGGUGAAGUGUCGGCGCUAGCAUGUACCAUGCAAGAGAACAAAGUCUUCUUCGUCCGCUGCGACCGCAGUGCCUCGUGGACCUUGGACACGCUCGAAUAUGAUGGAGAACCAGGGACAGACCCGCGCUCCGUGCUCCGGGCUGGAGACGACCGCUUUCAACAACGUCCCCGGCAAACAACGAUUAAGCAUCAGGAUUACGGCGGUCACUCGUUAGUGGACGUCAAGUUUCAGCCGGAGUCACCGGGGCUAUCAUGGGCCAUGGCGGGAUCAGAAGGCGUGGGAGUAUAUGAUAUGGAACGGAUCAGACGGCGAAUAAAUAUCCCUGACAUCUCAGAGGAUAUCCGCACCUUAUUUUUGAAGGUCCACGAUGAUACGGAGGCUACAUCCAUAUCCUGGCUCGAUCCCCGGACGCUUGCCAUUGCCGUGGUGCCGUUUCCCAAAGAUCCGGGUACGCAGCAGCAGCAGCAUACCAGCAGACAGCAUAUCACGGCCGGGGGCCCGCCACACGGACGACGGAGAAGACGGAAUAACCACAGCACACCAACCAAACCUGUUCACCUCCAGGAUCACCACAGCGAAGUCCGCCUCUGGGACAUUCGCAGCAACGACAGCAGCACCCGCAUCCUCCCCUCCUCCCGACUGACCGGUCUCUCCACGAUCAACUUGCCAUGCGCUCCCCUCAACCCCAGCGCCGCCGUCUCCCCAAACCCCCACCUCCUCCUGACGGCCAGCACCAGCGCCAUCUCGCUCUUCGAUCUCCGCUUCACGAAAUCCUCCCGCCCCUCACACCCGGCCCCCCUCACACCACCGCAACCCACCACAACCCCGCUCCUCACGAUCCCCCACGCCACCCAGACCCCCCAGCUCCCCCUCGCCGUCAACCCACGCAUGGACAUGCUCGCGGCCGUCGACCGCGACGGCCACAUGCAGGUCUACUCCCUCCGGACCGGCUCCUGCCUGCGGACGCUGCUCCCGGAGGACGAGGGCGGCGGACCCUCCCCGCUCGGCGGCGGCGGCGGCGCGCCGCGCUGGACCGAGGGCAGCUGGGGCGCGCCGUACCUGCAGGUCUGUGGCGCGGAGGGAUGGGUUUACAGAAGGCCGAGGUCACGGGAGAAAUGGAUGUAG